CCUAUAUAUACGGAUGGAAAAAAUAGACAUCCUUUGCUGAUCUGUAUUCGAACUUUCCUUAUAUAUAGGAAGUUCAGGAAAACCAUCUCCAAUCGCGAAAGUUUAUGAGGAAGUGGUGUUACAGAUGUCUUACAUUGAUAUGAUAGGUAGUUUUUAUUUUCUUUCGCGGGUAAAAUAAAAUUCAAUCCCGCCAGAUUGUGAUCUUCUCUAUAAAUCAGGGUGGUUCUUUUCUUCUUCUCCAUUCACCACGAACUGCAAGUUUAGGUUUUGAUAUAUUGUUGAAAGAUUGUAAGACAUGGAUCCUGCAAGUGAACAGAACAGGUUUGAAUCUGAAAAUGCCGCGGCUGAGGACUAUAGUGCUACUGCUACUUCGUUUACUCCUAGUCCCUAUAUCUCCCACCAAAAUCAAUUCAUCAAUCCAACCCAAUUUCAGUUUCCGUCCCAUUUCCCUCACAAUAUUCAUGGUAAUUUAGGACCUGGCUAUGGGUUCCAAAGUAUGAUGAGUGCUGCUGUUUCUUCGACACAACCACAAAUCUUUCCUCCUCCGCAAACACAGACUCCUGUUUACCCUUCACAAGCACCGGACUUUGGCAAUCAGUCCAAAAAGAAACGAAAAAGUAAUCCUUCAACAACUCAAUCAGCCAAUCCUCCUCGGCGGAUUUGGACAACUGAAGAAGACACUGCACUAGUGAAGGCAUAUCUGUACAUUAGUGUUGAUGCAAUAAUAGGAAGGGAGCAGUCAGGUGGCACAAUGUGGAAUCGGAUCUUGAAAGUUUGGAGAGAAAAUAUGGGAACUUAUGAUGAGGACCGCAAUCCUAAUGCUCUAUCGUGCCGAUGGGGUAUCAUACAAGCUGCAGUUAACAAGUUUCACGGACAUUAUGAAUCACUCAACAAAAAUCCGAAAAGCGGAACUUCAAUCGAACUUAUGAAAAGUCAAGCUUUAAAAAUGUACAAAACGUUGGAGGGAACCACAUUCAGGUUUGAGCAUUGUUGGGAGGUUAUGAGAAAAAAUCCGAAAUGGUGUUCUCAGCAGCUUACAAAGCCUGGCUCCUCAAAGAAAGAUAAACCAGUAAAUGUCAUCAAUCUCGACACUCUAAAGGAACCAAUUACAUCAACUGAAGGAAGUGAGGACAACAAAAGUGAGGGUGUUCCUCGCCCAGAUGAAGGAAGAAAGUUGAGUAAGGAGAAUGCUAAGAAAGCCCAUGAACAGAAGGGAGUGAUUGGAUUUUUGACCAGCUAUCAGUCCACCAUAGAGAAACAAAAUGUGUUUAGCCAAAAAGAGUUGGAGCUGAAGAUUGAGAAAGAGAGAAAAGAAUUUGAACUUAUGAAAGAGGAUUUGGCUCUGAAAAAAAAGGCUUACGAGCUAAAGGAAGAAGCUCGAAAGAAGAAAGAGAUGAUAGAAGAACGCAUUGAAGAAGAACGCAUCCUGAAUAAGGACCUUGAUAAAAUGCAACCAGUUCUGAGAAAAGCUUACAAAAUAAUCCAGGCUCGUAUACUGAAGAAGUGGAAAGAAGAUGGGACUUUGGGGAAUGAUUCUGAGAGCAGCGACGAUAGUAUUUGA